CGGGUGUUGGGCGAGUCGGGGGCCGCGGGGCUGAGGCGGGGGUUGCACGGCUUCUCUCAGUUCUGGAUGGGAACUGCAGUGUGUUUUGAGCCGCUGACUGCACUAACGGUUGAACAAUUCUGUCCCUCGUGUAACUGACUCGAUGCGGAUGAAGAGUUUGUGUCUUAAAGAAGUCUUUUUCUUCCUUUCCUGAGGAGAGGACCUUCAGAGUGGGAACUAUCCUUGUGUCCUACUAACUGCCAAGUAGUUUCUAUCCUUUGGAGCUCAAUAACCAUGGGGCCGUUGAAAAGAGAAGAGGAAGAGCAGAGCAUAAUCCUGAUCAGUGAUGAUGAAGCUGAGAGCACGCUUGGGAAUUCAGUUCUGUUAGUAGACCCACUGGAAAAGUCUGCCCUGGAAGAGGAGAAACAGGAAGUUGUGGAUGAGGAAUGUGAACUAAUGGUCACUUUCUGUAAACAAGCAAAAGUGAUGCCUCAUGCAAGAUAUGACUGUACAAUACAGCCAUUUGAGCGAACGGAGUGUGAUACGUGCUCACCCCUUGGAAAAAAUGCUGAUAUUUGUAAUCAGUGCUACUGCUACAUUUGUGAUAAACUAGCUUCUGAGUGCCAGAAUUGGACAACCCCUUCCCUCUGUCACUGCAAUGCACACAACAAAAGCAAAUUCUGGAAGGACCAGCGUGACUUUGCUUUGGCUGGUAUUCUUGUAAUGUUCAAUUUGGAGCUCACAGAUAUAGAUGCAGAUCUUCGACGUGGUGGAAGUCUUCUAAUAAAAUUUAUCCAGGAACUUUCUGUGGAAUAUAAUAAGUAUCUGAUUGGAGAAAGAAUACCUCCCACACAACAUGAAUGCUUUUGCCUCCCAAAAUUGCUUCCUGGGCAAUGCAAUAUCUGCAGAUCACGCAACAUGGAGGUUGUGUACAAGUAUUCUGGAGUUUUUGCACUGGUAACAAGCUUUUUAAGUCAGGCAGAGAGAGAGAGUCCUAAAGCUGCUGCUGUCAUGUUUCUGGGAGCAGCUAAAGAGAUAGCACUUCAUAAAGACCCUGCUUUAAGCUGGCAGAACCUUGGUCAUACUGCUUCAUUAAAGAUUGCUGUCCCUUGUCUGUUGCAAAGGAUCACAACACAACUUCAGAGGAUGCUGGUGUUGUGUGACUUUCCAAAAAAUUUGUAUGAAAAGUUUGUUAAUUUUUUUCAGUCCAUCUCACUUCCAUGUCACUGUUUUGGCUUCUCAAAUAGCUUGAAUGUUGUGCCAUGGGACCAUGUGUUAUUGACCACUGUUUUAAAAGGCCAGAAUGUCACUGGUCAAAGAACACAGAAAGGAAAAAAAGUAUUUCUGUGGGAAACACUCUCUGUUAUAGAGGCUCGAGUGGAGAGACUGGUAGACAAAAGCAACUUUAAAGAAGUUGUCCGCUACCUGAGAGCUGUGAAAUGCAAUGAUACCAAACGGUUAAGGGACCUUCGAGAUAAAAUCCCAUUCUACUUGUGUAAAACCGGAGACUUCCUCGAUGCUGCCCAUUCGCUGCUGUUCCCCAUCAACAGCCUCGCCUGCUGCACCGCCUGCCGGGUAACGCCUUUUCAGUUUGAGGUCUACCUGAAGAUGUUCAGAACAGGCAGCGUCCCCACUGGAAAGGAUAUGCUGGACUCCGGGCCCUGGAUUACAGUUGGGUCUCCCUUGAAAGAUGGUGUUCUAAUUAAGCAGGCACUCAAACUCCUUUACAGCAAUGUGUCACUAUACAGGAAUCCUAAAUGCUGGAGUUCCCUCAUCAUGACCUUGGGUAGUAGCAGUUUCCUGGAAAAAAGCGGGCGCCUACAUCCCCUAUCCCUGAAAGAGCCGCCACUUGACUUCCAAAAGGGGGUGCUCGCUGCCAGUGGUGGCCUCUUGGAGGAACUGAAGGCAAAAAUUAAUGUUUGUUUACCACCUGCUAUUUUCUCUCCUCAUUUUCGCCAUGAGGCUUGUCUUAUUCUGGCAGUGCAAGCAAUCCAGCAGAUGCUUUUUUGUGAUCUUCCAUACUUGACUUCCUUUUUAGAGAUAGUCCUGGCUUUUGGGAGUAACUUCUGGGCUCUGAGGCUGUUAUUGGACCAUCUUUCCUAUGAAGAACAUGUUCUCCAUGGCAUUGUCAACCUGAUUUUGAGAGAUCUACAUUGUCAGAAAGCAGCAAUGCUAAAACUGUGGCAAAACCUUGGUCCCCAGUAUGUGGGUGAAUUCCUUUGCCUGUUCCUGACGUGCAGACAUAAGGAGAUGCAAUCCAUUGGCCUGUUCACUCUGAAUAUUAUUAUGGAGAAUCUGCAUAUGUGUCCAUGGGCAAAGCAUCUUUGCAACUUCUUUCACAAUGCAGGACUGAGGCACCUGCCCCUUGGCACCGCAGCUCAUCAUGAAGUCUCAAAGUUCAUAAACAUUUUUGAAAAUCUGUAAUUUGGCAAAACCUUCAGGAAUAUUUUCCAACUUGUCUUAAUCUGAGAAAUCUCUUCCUGGAGUCCCCUGUGGUCUGCUUUGGUUGUCAUCUUCAAAAAAUAUUCAGCUAAAAACUGAUUUCAGACAAAUCCAAAAUGGGGUCCUAGGUUAAGAUGGUGAACAGUGGCUGUAUUUCAGCAGAUGUGCUUUGGGAAUUUCCUUUCUUGCAGGUCCAUGUAUUAAGCAGUUGCUUGAAGAGGUAGUGGGUUUAAGUUUGGGUUUUGGUUGGUUGGUUGGUUUGUUUGUUUUUUUUUUUUUUUUUAAAGACAGUCUACAGAGAGAUGCUGGUUGAGGGGGGAGUGAGGGAGAGAAACACGGAUGAAGUGGAAAGCACCACAAGUCUUUACUCUGUGUUGCACAGAUGUGCUGUGGGCGAGAUGCCUGCAGCAGAACAACCACGGAGAGGAAAAGGUUUUUUUUAAAAAAAAAAAAACAAAACAAACAAACAAAAAAACAAACAAACAAAAAAAACCAACCUGCCUCUCCACAGGUGUACAACUGUGUGCAUUAAAGUGCUUUUUGCACACCCUCUUCUGUUUAGUGUACAGUUAAAAGCAAACAACUCUGGUGGCCAAAGGGCAUUAACUGAAGCUUUCUUACUUGCCUCAAGAAACCAGAUUCAGGAAUCCUGAUGCAGUAAAUAGCUUGUUAUGUUUGUAAACAAAAAAUAUCUAGUUUUCAGUGUUUUCCAAUGGUGGGGCUUUGUUUUUGUUCCCUACAACAGGCGACUGUUAGACUGGUGUGCUGGUGGCUCUCUGGGUUUCUCAAUUUCAUGUUGUAGUGGUAAGUUUGGGUUAGCUUUUGAACUGUGGAGGUAAGAAUAGAGAAGUAUUUCUAGCCUGGUUUCUACUCUUCUUUGCCCCACUCUGAUACCUGUCUGUACUGGUUUGGCAGUCAGGGGGGAAAUGUGACGAACAGUAUUUUGCACACUUAAGGCUUUCGGUGGCUUUUGCAGCUCAUGUUAUCCUAAAUCCUCUAUUAAAGUUUUCUACAGAAGUGUACAUGUAUCUAAAUCAACACAACGUUAAGUAAAACUCCAUAGAAAUUC